AUGGCUGCUGCGCGGACCGGCAAGCAGAACGUGGGUCGGCUGGUGCGUGCUGCCGUCUGCGGCAUUUGCCUGGGGCUCCUGGCAUGGAGAGGCGACCUGGGGUUCAGCCUCAAGAGGCAGCAUAAGGCGGUGCCGGAGGAGGUCUUGGCUCCUCCACCAGAAACGCCCAAACCUACAGUGCCCAGAGAGGCCAUCGCCGCCUUGGCAGGACUCUUCAUCCUGGCAACUCUGUGGUUCCUUGCCGAGCGCCGCAAGCGGCUGCGCCGGCCGUACACGCUGCCGGACCUCACCCGCAAAGCUGGUUUGGUCGCGGAUGCAGAGGCGGAGUUCCGGCGGAUCGUCUCCUUCCUCCAGGACGAGCUGCUGAUCCCCAUCGACUCGCGCCUGCCAGGGCGCCCCUUCGAGUAUGACAUGCACUCCUUCCCCUUCACUCCCAUGGUCCUGGUGAUUGGCAACCACUCCUCCGGCAAGUCCACCUUCAUCAACCGCCUGCUGGGCAAAGAGGUCCAGGAUACAGGGGUUGCGCCCACCGACGACGGCUUCACCAUCUUAGAGAGACGAACCGCCACGGACACCGAGGAUGGUCCUACGGUUCUGGGCUGUCCGGAGAAUCGGCCCUACGCCGAGCUGCAGCGCUUCGGGAUGAUCUUCGCGGGAGUCCUGCGGAGGAGAAACGGCUAA